GUGCAGGAGUUCGAGCAUGUGAACGGGAAGCUGAGUUCUCCGGAUCUGAUUCCCAUCGGAAUGGAGCUGAAAAAACUGACGGAGAGCGUCUCCUCCGAUCCCAACACCCCUGUGCCAGCGAGCCCUGUCGCCACUCAGCCCGGCACCCCCGUCCCUCCAGAGAAGAGCGAGUCUCUACUGGGGAACGCAGAGGACAAGGAGACCACAGAGCAAGACAGCAAGAAACUGUCAGAGCAGGAGACCUCCAGCUCGGAGCCGGCAUCUGUACCUGAGAAGGUAGCUGACAGCGAGGAGAGCAAGGCCAGCUCAGAGGAGAAAACGGGAGAUGAGAGGGACAGAACCGAGUCGCCCUCCACAAAGACGGAGCCAUCUGCCAACCCCAAAGAGUCGGCUUUGAAGCAGGCAGAGCUGUCAUCCGCUCAAAUCUCACCUAAAAUGGAUCCCUGCAGAGACUCAGAAAAAGGAGAUAAUGAUUUUCCUCUAGCAAAAAGUGAAGACAAGGAAAAUAAGCCAGACGACGUGAAGAGCGAAGACGCGUUGGAGGGUCGGUUAAACGGAGACAAGGACACUUUGGAGGAGCUGGACGAGAGCAGGAAGGAAGACAGAAAUGGAUUCAAAGCCAAGUUCAUGUUUAAUAUUGCUGAUGGAGGUUUUACAGAGCUGCACACCCUGUGGCAAACUGAAGAGCGAGCCGCGCUGUCCUCUGGAAAGAUGCACGACAUCUGGCACCGCCGCCAUGACUAUUGGCUGUUGGCUGGCAUCGUAACACACGGCUACGCUCGCUGGCAAGACAUUCAGAAUGACCCACGCUAUGCUAUCCUGAACGAGCCCUUUAAGACUGAGAUACAUAAGGGCAACUACCUAGAGAUGAAGAACAAGUUCCUGGCUCGCCGCUUCAAGCUGCUGGAACAGGCUCUGGUGAUCGAGGAGCAGCUGCGGCGGGCGGCCUACCUGAAUAUGACCCAGGACCCCAGCCACCCGGCCAUGGCUCUCAACACUCGCUUUGCUGAGGUGGAAUGUCUGGCCGAGUCCCACCAGCACCUGUCCAAAGAGUCUCUGGCUGGGAACAAGCCGGCCAACGCCGUGCUGCACAAAG